GCCGCCUUUCAGCCUCCGCAGCGGCUCAGAGGCAGAGUGGCUUUGGCCGUGGUGCAAACCAGCCCAGGAACCAGAUGAGCAGAGACAUCUGCGUCCACACCUGGCCGUGCUCCUACUAUUUAGAACUUGAGAAGCGAUGGGUCCCUGGAAAACUUUCAUUAACUUCUCUCUCACUGAAAUUUACAACUGAUAAAACUGGAGAAAUUCUUGUCAACUUUCCCCUUUCUAGUAUAAUUGAGAUCAAGAAAGAGGCUUCUCAUUUUAUCUUCAGUUCUGUCACCAUCCUGGAAAAGGACCACAUCAAGCACUGGUUCAGUUCCUUGCAGCCUAAUCGGAAUGUCGUUUUCAACAUCAUCGAACAUUUCUGGAGAGAGUUGCUGUUGUCUCAGCCAGGAACUGCUCUUGAGGAGUCAUCCUCCCCCAUGACCAGGGGGAAGGAGCUGACUGAGCUGAUGGCGUGUUCCCAGAAGCGUCUAGAGGAUACAGCCAGAGUCCUCCACCAUCAGGGGGAGCAGCUUGACAGCAUCGCGAGAGGCCUGGACAAGAUGGAAUCUGACCUGGAUAUGGCUGACAGGCUGCUGACAGAGCUGGAAUCUCCUUCUUGGUGGCCCUUUGGCUCCAAGCUUUGGAAGAUGCCGUCAGAAGCAAAGCCCAGGGGAGGCGCCUCAGUGGCUACUUCUAAAGCUUUGGGGAAAGAAGGGAUAGUGGUCAGCAUUCCUGCUGUUAUUUCCCAAAGAACAGAAUCGCAUGUUAAACCAGGAAGGCUCACUGUCCUUGUUUCUGGGUUGGAAAUCCAUGACUCAGAUUCUUCGCUCAUGCACAGAUUUGAAAGAGAAGAUGUGGAUGACAUUAAGGUUCACACGCCUUAUGAAAUUAGCAUCCGCCAGCGGUUUAUUGGGAAGCCAGACAUAGCUUAUCGUUUGAUAUCUGCCAAGAUGCCAGAGGUCAUCCCCAUUUUGGAAGUGCAGUUUAGCAAGAAGAUGGAGUCGUUAGAAGACACCUUGACGCUCGGGCGCGCUAGAACCUCUUUCCCAGCAGAGAAGGGCUACUCAGUCUGGCAUGCAGCGUCUGGGCUGAUGGACCGCACGGUGCCCCGAGAGCCUUCCUCAGGAAGCCAGGAAAGCAGGCCGCUUCAGCUGCAGACGAGUGAGACGUUCAUUUCUGAGGGGGACGCCCAGGAACUGAGACAGAUCCUGAGGAAGCUGAAGGGUCUUGCCUUGGAUGCCGAGACGGAGCUGGAGAGACAGGACGAGGCCCUGGAUGGCAUCGCCACGGCCGUGGACCGGACAACGUUAACCAUCAACAAGCAUAAUCGACGAAUGAAAAAACUGACCUAGCUGGACAAGAAAGUCCAGAAGCACCUGCUCUUGACCAGCGUCUCUUCCCUCAGCACCUUG